AGAAUUUCCCCCGUGGCAAAAGCCUCUGAUUGGGUCCGAACGCAAAGCUGCUUUCAACUUUAAUAUGUGCCUCAUGAGCGCGCACAGGAGUCUGCAGUAGGAUUAUCGGAGAGAAUUGUCGCUCAUCAUCACCUUGUGUUUUCUGUUGACAAACGCGUGUAUGAGUGUGUGCGUGAGUGCGUGUGCGGGUCUGUUUAAGACAAACAUUUUCAAGGAUGAUAUUUCUUGGAUAUUUCCUCUUUUUUUUUUGUUGGCUCGCGCGUGUCAUGUCAAGCUACCCGAUAUGGUGGUCUCUAGCGGUGAGCCACCAGUACUCUUCUCUGGGUUCCCAGCCCAUCCUGUGCAGCUCCAUCCCUGGCCUGGUGCCAAAACAGCUCCGCUUCUGCCGCAACUAUGUGGAAAUUAUGCCCAGCGUGGCAGAGGGUGUGAAGAUCGGCAUUCAAGAGUGCCAGCACCAAUUCCGCGGCCGCAGAUGGAACUGCACCACGAUCAAUGAUAGCCUGGCCAUCUUCGGACCAGUGCUGGACAAAGGACAUAUACAGUUGCAAUCGAAAUUAUUCAACCCCCCCAAGACAGUAAGGAUUUACAAAGCCACUAGAGAAUCAGCAUUUGUCCAUGCAAUUGCCUCUGCGGGAGUGGCAUUCGCUGUGACUCGUGCUUGUGCUGAUGGAUCAGCUACCAUCUGCGGCUGUGACACACGGCGGAAAGAUCUACCCGAUGAGGGCUGGAAGUGGGGUGGCUGCAGUGAAGAUGUGGAGUUUGGCAGCAUGGUAUCACGAGAGUUUGCUGAUGCUCGUGAGAACCGGCCAGAUGCACGCUCUGCUAUGAACCGCCACAACAAUGAAGCUGGACGUGUGUCAAUCACUGACCAUAUGUACCUGAAGUGUAAGUGUCAUGGCCUCUCGGGCAGCUGUGAGGUGAAAACCUGCUGGUGGUCGCAGCCUGACUUUCGGGUGAUAGGCGACUACAUGAAGGACAAGUAUGACAGCGCAUCGGAAAUGGUGGUGGAGAAACAUCGGGAGUCAAGAGGCUGGGUCGAGACCUUACGACCAAGGUACACCUUCUUCAAGCCCCCAACCGAAACGGACCUUGUCUACUAUGAAACCUCGCCUAACUUCUGCGAACCCAAUUCAGAAACCGGUUCCUUUGGCACUCGUGACCGUAUCUGCAACCUGACUUCACAUGGUAUCGAUGGCUGCGACUUACUCUGUUGUGGCCGUGGCCACAACACCCGAACUGAGAAACGCAAGGAGAAAUGCCACUGUAUUUUCCACUGGUGCUGUUAUGUGAGCUGCCAGGAGUGUACGCGAGUUUAUGAUGUCCACACCUGCAAGUAAGUCACUGUGGCUAAGAAGCCACCAAACCAAAACGAGGUUGGGCCAGACAUUUGAGGUGGCGAACACCCAAGAGCCUUUGCUUGUGGACUGGGUUGAAAGGAGUUUUUUUGUGGUUUCAGUGGUAAGACAACCACUGAAAAGGGAUGAAAACAGUGAAGUGAUUUUAGAAAGUUAGCCUUCAAAAAGAAUGCUGUAUUAACAGACAAAAAAAAAAAAAAAGACCCAUAAAGGCUUCAAUCUCCAUCCUGACUAUUGUUGGGACCCAACACACUUUGACACGGGCCUGUUGUUUAGUUCUGGAAAGGGACUAAGCUUCUCCUGAGUCUGAUAUAUUAGGGGAUAAGGGGUGGAUCAGAUUCCUGAAGAGUCAGGCCCUUGGGACCUUGACCAAUUGUUUCUCCAAGAAAAGAAAACCUUUGAAAGGGAGAGGUUUUGUUGGCACGUGGCGGCAAACUGUUCUGAGACUGUGGAGAACUCCACAACAACAGAUGCAGCACAAACCGAAUGCUGGGGUUUGCCCACAAGUGCCUCUGAAAUAUAGUAAUAGUAACAUUAUUAGCAAUAGCCUUACUACUAACACCAUUAAAGAAGCUAUGUGAACUAUUUUAAAUGCAAAGUACAUUCCAGUAUACCUGAAUACCAGCAAAAAUUUAAAACAACUUGCAGCUUCCAAAACAACUUAACUUCCAUACACAUCAUGUUGUGUCUCUGUGUAAGACCAAACAUACAAACUAAUGUAUUAGGUUGGGUUUAAUGUAAGUUACUAACAUUAGGUUAUGAAUGCACUUGUACCUGAGUGAAUGUCCACAUGUUGCAUAUAUGUCAGUGUUUUCUUUGUCUUAUUUUAAAACACUUUCGAAAAGAACCUGAAUGAAUUAACUUGACUAACAGUUAAACUCUCACAGCAUCAGGUCAAACGUAUUGAUGCAGACAAUGCUUCAUUCACCAUUCAUUAUUAGUUUCCCCAAAGAUCAAUAAUCAUUUAGGGUUAAUCAAACAGACAAUUAGACAGUUGUCUUUUUGAAUGGAGCAUGAUAUUAAUUUACCUUAGUUGUUUGAUAUUUUACAGACAUAGAGGUCCAUGACAUUUCACGAUGAACAUAUAAGAGAUUUGUGCCUUUAUUCUGUUUCUGAAACAUUACAGGCAGGGUCCAAAAUUAACUCACACCAAGCACCAAAUGCAAGCAAAAAUGGCUUUGGCAAGUAAAUAAACCAGUUGGCCGAUAACUUGAAAUAAUAAAAAAAAAACGAAAAGAAUAAUGAAUGACCUAAAUGGUAAUGUAAAAGUCCGUUGUUGUUUUUCAUUUAUAAUACUUAAGCGAUGUGAACAUAUCAAAUAUAUUCAAACCAUAUAAAACCAUCAUAUGUUCAACUAGGAAACCAAAAGGUUUUGCUUUUAUUGUCACAACAUGAUCAAAUUAGUUGUUUACACAUUUCUUCAGAAAGUUAAUGUAUCCUGAAAUCAACCCCAUACUGCCAAAUUCCUGACAAACGGCAUCCCACCUAAGACAUUUUUGCAUUUAGUGCUACUGAGCAACCUCAGAGACACUGGUUCUUGUCCAGUGGAAACCAGGAAAUAUUCACGUUCACAUAAACAAUGGUGUGUGCAAUUCGGAGGUUGCAUUUUUGCUCUUAAAUUACAUUUUUACUCCACUGAUGGUUAGGUUUAGGGUUGGGGUUAUGGUUAGAGGGUAGGGUUAAUAAAAUACGCAUUCCUGUCAACUGUAUUACAUAAUUUACAACUAAACGUUCAACUUGCUUUUGGCGCCAUUUUGCCAGGAAACUAAAGCUCAUGUGCCUAUUCGUUCAACAACACUUCUAGCUUCAGCCACUGGGGGGCAGUGAUUUUAAUUUCAGUAUGCACAGAUCGAUUUCAACAGCAGAGCUUUCAACCUACUGUCACCGAAUUCAUAGUGUGAUCAUUCUAAACCUAGUGGCAACACAUUCCUGCUGUUAACCACCAAAAUCAAUGUUUUUGUGAGUGUUUUCAGAGAGACUGGCUAGCAUAUUACGUGUACUGUUUGCCGCAAACACAGCUACAAGGGAAAAACAUCUAAAUCCUUAUGUAUAUGCACAGUAGUAACCAAAGAUAUUGGCACCCUUGGUAAAUAUGCACAAAAAAGGCUGUGGAAAAAAAAUCUACAUUGUUUAGCCUUUUGAUCUUUCAUUCUAAAAAAUUCACAAAAAUCUAACUUUUAUUUGAAGUAAAACAAUUGAAACAGGGGAAAUAUCUCAUUAUUAAAUAAAUAUUUUUCUCCAAAACGCAUUGUCCAUAAUUAUUGGCACCCUUUUAUUCAAUACUUUUUGCAACCUCCCUUUGCCAAGAUAACAGUUCUGAAUCUUCUUUUAUAAUGCCUAAUGAGGUUGGAGAACACCUGGCAAUGGAUCUGAGACCAUUCGUCCAUACAGAAUCUCUACAGAUCCUUCAAAUUCAGAGGUCUAUGUUGGUGGACUCUCCUCUUCAGUUCACCCCACAAAUUUUCUAUGGGGUCUGGUUUGGCCAUGGUAGAACCUUGAUUUUGUGGUCAGUGAACCAUUUAUGUGUUGAUUUUGAUGUUUGUUUUGGGUCAUUGUCCUACUGGAAGAUCAAACCAGGGCCCAUUGUAAGCUUUCUGGCAGAGGCAGUCAGGUUUUGAUUUUUUAUCUGUUGGUAUCUGAUAGAGUCCAUAAUGCCAUGUAUCUGAACAAGAUGUCCAGGACCUCUGGCAGAAAAACAGCCACACAACAUUCGAGAUGCAGCACCACAUUUAACCGUGGGAACUGGGUACUUCAUCUCUGUGUAUGCCAAACCCAUCUCUGGUGUUUGCUGCCAAAAAGCUAUUUUUUUUUUGUUUUUUUUGUCUCAUCUGACCAUAGAACCUGGUCGCAUUUGAAGUUCCAUUAGUGUCUGGCAAACUGAAGACGCUUGAGUUUGUUGUUGGAUGAGAGCAGAGGCUUUUUUCUUGAAACCCUCCCAAACAACUUGCGGUGAUGUAGGUGAUGUCUGAUUUUAUUUUUAUUUUUUUAAACUUUCUGACCCCAAGACCCAACUAAUUUCUGCAAUUCUCCAGCUGUGAUCCUUGGAGAUUCUUUGGCCACUUGAACCAUCCUCCUCACUGUGUGUGGAGACAAUAUAGACACACGUCCUUUUCCGGGCAAAUUCUUAACAUCUCCAGUUGAUUGGAACUUCUUAAUUAUUGCUCUGAUGGUGGAAAUGGGCAUUUUCAAUGCUUUGGCUAUUUUCUUUUAGCCACUUCCCAUUUUGUGAAGCUCAACAACCUUUUGCCGUACAUCAGAACUAUAUUCUUUAGUCUAACCCACUAUGAUUGAUGAUUAAGGGAAUUUGGCCUGUGUGUUACCUCAUAUUUAUACCCCUGUGAAAUAGGAAGUCAUGGCUGAACAAUUUCAUGUUCCUAGUCACCCAGGUGCUCUAAAAAUGUAAAAUAUGAAUGGGAAUACAUUUCAGAUAUAUUUUACUCAUAAGAAUUUCUAGGGGUGCCAAUAAUUGUGGCCAACAUGUUUUGGAGAAAAAUAUUUAUUUAAUAAUGAGAUAUUUCCCCUCUUUCAAUUGUUUUACUUCAAUUAAAGGUUAGAUUUUUGUGAAUUUGUUAAAUGAAAGAUCAAAAGGAUAAACAAUGCAGAUUUUUUUUCACAGCCUUCUUUGCUCAUAUUUACCAAUGGUGCCAAUAUUUUUGGCCACUACUGUAUAUAUAUAUAUAUAUACACUGGCGGCCAAACGUUUGGAAUAUUGUACAGAUUUUGCUGUUUCGGAAGGAAAUUGGUACUUUAAUUCACCAAAGUGGCAUUCAACUAUAGGACAUUACUGAUGUAAAAAACAGCACCAUCACUGUUUGAAAAGAGUCAUUUUUGAUCAAAUCUAGACAGGCCUCAUUUCCAGGCAGCCAUCACUCAAACACCUUAUCCUUGAGUAAUCAUGCUAAAUGGCUAAUUUGGUACUAGUUGCCACAGUAUUCAAUAGACUGGCAUGUCUUUAGGUCAAUAUUAGGUCAAAAAUGGCAAAAAAGAAACAGCUUUCUCUAGAAACUCAUCAGUCAAUCAUUGUUUUGAGGAACGAAGGCUAUACAAUGCUUGAAAUUGCCAAAAAAAACUGAAGAUUUCAUACAAAGGUACACUACAGUCUUCAAAGACAAAGGAUAACUGGCUCUAACAAGGACAGAAAGAGGUGUGUAAGGCCAGAUGUACAACUAAACAAGAGGAUAAGUUCAUCACGUCAUCAGCUGACAGCUUCAUUGAAUUCUACCCGCUAAACACCAGUUUUAUGUACAACAGUAAAGAGAAGACUCAGGGGUGUAGGCCUUAUGGGAAGAAUUGCAAAGAAAAAG